GCGGCCUUAAUCCGAACGGGCGAUGCGAGAGGGCUGCUGCAGCGCCGCCGGCGGAGCCUGUGGGAAGAAAGGCCGCCCCGCCUCUUUCGCUCCUGUAAACGGCGGAGGGCCAGGCUGGGCUACGCGGGGGAACUGCGAGAGGGGCUCUUUCUGAGGCGUUUUUGUUACACGUGAGGCUUAUUCAUUUGGCUGAUAACGGUAAUGUAAAUCCUACAUGCGCAGUCGGCCGGUAUUCUGCGACUUAUCCCGCAUCGACAACAUUCACACAAUACGCGAGCAGAGGCGCUUUUUAGUGUCACGUCACGUCUGAAAAGGGCUGAAGCUGCUUGCUUAGGCAGGACGGGGAACUUGUUGUGCGGGCAGUUCCUGUCGAAGAUCCCGGGAGAAACUCAUUUAUGCCCGCAAGUGAAGCAUCCCAUUGUGAGUUCCCUGGGAAACUCGUCAAAAUGAGGGUUACUUUCAGAGUUUAAAAAUAUAUAUAGAAUCGCAGAAUUAUAGGCUAGGAAGAGCCCUUUGAGCAUCUCUAGUCUAAGUCCUCCCCAGUCCAAUGCAGUAUUUACAAUGCAGGGUAAGUGCAACUGGAGAAUCCCUGACAGGUGAACUGGGCUACACUGCUUCCGCUUGGUAUGUGAUAUGUUACUGCGGUUUGUGUGCUAUUUAUUUAAGGUUUGAACUUUUAAAGGAUACUCCUUUUUUUGCAAGUACACAAUGUAGGUCUGUAAAAUAUAGCCCAACAUCAAAUAACCCACCCAUGAAACAACCCAAAGGAGUCCUUUAGAUUUAAGGGUGCUGGGAUUCCAGGUUCUGUCUAAGGAUUUCAGUUGCAAGUGGACUGUGCAUGAGGCCUUACAAACGGGCGUUUGCAAGGAUUGCUGAUUUGCACAUGUGUCACAGAUUAGCCACCACAGAGAGAACUUUAAUAUCAUCUGGAAGUCACUCAUUCAGAAUAUCUUGCAGCUCAGGAACCUAUUGUGAUUUAGUUGUCAAUUGAAAUUACCCAGACAUGAAGUCUGGAACUGCCGUUUACCCUCCACAAGACUGACUACAUGUGUGUGGUUUUUCUCUUGUUCUUUUCUGCUUGGAUUUCUACUGUGAGGGUUAAAGAGAAGGUAAUCCAAAUUAAACCCAUGUUCUUUUAGAACUUUCUGGAAAUUGCUGGGAUGUAGUCAGAGAAAGUGAGAGAGCAAAGAAUAUGGUGUUUUUGUUGCGAUUAAUCCUGUUCCUUUCUUUAUUGUGUGUAGAUUAAGUUACAAAGCUGCCUGUUUUCUGCCCUUGGACGUCUGCCAUGCCACUGUAACCUUGGCCAUUAUGUGGGGAGUUCAGAAAAGAGUGCCUUGUGUUUUUAUCACUCCGCAGUAGUGAGAAGAGUAGAUAUGCAGGGAUCUUCUAUGUAUGAAGAAGAGGCCCAUUAUCCCAAGCAGAAGUGGGAGCCAGAGUUGCUAUGGAACACAGUGUAUAUGGAUAUCCCUACCUUUGUAAGGGACGCGGGUGGCGCUGCGCUCUAAACCACAGAGCCUAGGGCUUGACAACCAGACAUCAAAUGCAAGUAGAUAAAUAGGUACUGCUGCGGCAGGAAGGUAAACGGCAUUUCCGUGCACUGCUCUGGUUCGCUAGAAGCGGCUUAGUCAUGCUGGCCACAUGACCCGGAAGCUGUCUGUGGACAAACGCCGGCUCCCUCGGCCAGUAAAGCAAGAUGAGCGCUGCAACCCCAGAGUCGUCCGCGACUGGACCUAACGGUCAGGGAUACCUUUACCUUUAACCUUUGUAUUAGUAGUGCUUUGCAUUUUCAAAAUAUCCUGAUAGCAAGCUACUGCACACUGAAGGUUUUUGUAGUGUGAUUUUUUAAUAUUAUAACUCAGUAAGGAUUCCAGGUUGUUCCUGAAAGCUGAGCUUAGGUUUGAAGAAGUUUGUUCUGAUGCCAUCCUUCCGACUUUUGUUGGGCAGAGGGGCACAUUUGGUGACUUACUGCAAUCUACUAUCAGCAGCCAAGAGACCACUGAAUUUGUACUCCUUUGCAGUUUGUAACAGGAGUAAGCAGAAUUUGAAGCCAGGGGUAUAGUGGUUGUUUGCUAUUUAAAUAAACUUCAGGACUUUGUAUUUUGUACUGUUUUGCUAAUAUCAAACUGUUGCUCACUGCAGAGUUAAUAAAGAUAAGGGGACAUCAGAGUCCCUUCCCAUCCCCCCAAAGCAAGAACUGAUCACUCAGCAGCGGUUUUGCUAACAAUGUGGAAUGUUUCCAACUGUAGUUCCUCAGAUGUCUUUCUAAGCCUGGUUUUGAUUAGAAUUGAAGUUUAUGUCCAAGAUGUGCUUUGCUAUGCUAGUAUUUAUUGUAGCUUGCUUGUUUUACUUGCCAGUGUUUUUUUGGUAUCUACUGAAGUGCUGUCUGCAGUUUCUCCUUCUAAUCUUUUUUUUUUUUUUUUUAGAUAACUUUCCUGCAGGCGUAUUUACCAACAGUGGGUUCUAGAGAAAAGCCCAGGGAAUCUUGUUAUCCUAUUUCAACUCGAUUCCCCCUACCUCCAUUGACAUGCUUGCUGAAUGAGAGGAAAAUAGUGCCUAGUGAUUGGAUUUUGUUGCCUAACUGAGCUGGCUGAAAAGGACCAGGUUAAAUGAUGCACAAAAUCCUUGGGUUUAAUUUAGUUUAGUGGAACUCAGCUUGAGUCUUGACAUUUUUUUCUCCAUAGGGAUGCAAUUAAAAUAUAAUCUGGAUAUUGUUAGUAAUAGGUCACUUUUCCCUGUCUUUCUUUUGGGUACAUCCUGAUAUUCUGUACAGUAUUAUGAUGAAAUUUGGGGUGCAACUAUACAGGAUUUCCCUACCACCAAGCUUGUUACUUUGCAGUGUUAGGUGAAUUACUCCCUGGAUGUAUUCAUGGGCUGUAUUCUUGGCUUGCAUUUAGUCAGUCCAUAUGUAUGGAGGAUGGCAACAGUGAAGUCUUUCACCAUCGGCCCAGAUUGACCAUGCAUGUUUUAUAAGUGGAGCAAUGUCUUUGGGAUGAAGUUGCAUACUCUGGAGAAAUGUCUGUGAGAGAAAGUUAAUACUUUUCUCUGUGGGAGAAUGUUGCUUAAUCAAGACAUUAAUACAAAUCUUGACUUAUGCUACUUUUAAUACCAAAUUAACUCAUAAAACUUUAAUACUGUCUCUUCUGGGUCUCCUCUCUCCCAGUUUGAGUUGUGAAGACAAUUGCUAAUCUAUAAAUUAUUAUUGUUCCAUUACUAAUAUACUUGUUUUGCAUUAUUUAUAGUAGACUUCAAUACAUAACAUUUAAAAAACACACACACAUGAUGCAAGUGAAUACUGAAAGCUUUUGGUAAAAUGUAGGAAGGAAAACUUAGGUAUCUGGUGGCUAGGAUCUAAAAAAAGGGAUGGGGGGGGGAAGGAGGAGAACUGUUGUCCAUUCAGUCAGACUUUUCUUUUUACUACAUGAAAAUAGCCUCUGAGGGUUACCAUUGCCAGACUUCUGUAGCUUAUCUGGGCUAUCGAGCAGUAUGAUGCUAUGAUUAAUUUUUAAAGGACAAAUGAUUUACCUGUCUUGGAAAGGUGAUAUUGAUGGAAUAGUAAGGACAUUAAAGGACAUAAUGCUAUGAGGAUAUGUUGCUCAACAGUGUUCUCUUUGAAAUAAAGGCUAAAUACAUGCUGUAUUAUUAAUAGAGCUGAGGCAGAUCUGAUUUUUCUAAGUACUUUACAUAUUUCAAACAAAGCUGCCCCUUCCUGGUGACAUCAUCCACUGGACAGAAGUUUAACCCUUUCUGCUAUACAUUCAACUGUGUUUGCCCAUGUUCAUCCCUUGUAACCACUGACUUUCUUCCUCCCUCCCUCUCCUGUAGUCUUCCAUAGUCUCCCGUAGUCUCAAAAUACAGUUUAGAAAAUCUGGAGAUUCUGAGCAGCUGGGGUGAUUGAGGAAGAAGCAUUAAUCUGUAUCAUAAAGGUUUUUGGGUCCCUGCCCUAAACUUGGUUCACACAAGAAUGACACCAUUGCUCCCUAGCAGGUGGCAAAUUGUAUCAAGUACAUUAAGAACUGCAAAAAGAUUUGUCAGAAAAUAAAAAUAGAACCCAUUUAUCUGUACCUCUCUCCAAAGAGAUUUUGUCUCCGCUUAAUUAAUAUUGAAGGUGAUUCCCACCCUUCUUCUCUUGAAGCUCUUGGGUUGAACAGUUCCUGAUAAUUUCCCUCUGCCCAGAUAACUUUAAUUAAAGCUCCGCAAGCCACACAGACCAGGUUGAAUGCCUUUUAUUAGAUAUCUAAAGUAGAAAUUUCUUCUCUUUCCAUUCCCGGGUCUGUUUUCCAAAUACUUUUUCUACCCCACAUCCAGAGGAUGCUCAUAUUAGGGUCUGGAUUCCUCGAGCAUUCUGAUAUGGCUUCCCUGUCCACUGCUUCUAAACAUGUCCAACAUCCUAAACACGUGAAAAUAUCUGAGAGCUUUGAGUAAAUGGUUUGGCUGUAACAUGGAACAGAGGAGCUCAGCUAGAAGCCAGCCAAUGCCAGGGGAUUUUAUUGUAUAGUAGAGGGCGCAAUUAGGAUUGCAAACAUGAGAGGAGUUUAACACACACAGCCCUGCUCCCUUGCCGUGAUCCUGAGAAAAAUCACCCCAGGAGCAAACAGCAGUUUCUGGGCAGGCAGGGGCAGGCAGGUGGAAUUAGCAGCUUCAGGAAUCAUAGGGAUGGGGCAAGGGGAGAGAGACAGAGGGGGGGGAGCCUAUCCAUAUGCUGAAAUCCCUAUCCUGAUUAACCCCCCCCCCAAAAAAAAAUAGGGCUGCCAGGAGCAUCCCAGACGCAGAAAUUUCAGGGCCUAUUAUAGGACUUUGGGCCAGUCCCCCAUUCCUGGCCUCAUUUAUUUCACAUGGUUCUUGUGAAGAUAAUGGUGUACGGGGGGGCUGGGGGACGGGACUAUAUGCAUUGGUCUGAGCUCUUUGAGGGAGGAGCAGAAUCAAAAUGUAAUAACAUAAUCAUUACAGGAGUACUCCCAAGCUACAAAUCUGCUUCUUCCAGGGAAGUGCACCCAUGUUCAGAACAAGCUGACUCCUCACCUCCUGGACUCAAGAACUUGGAGCACAUAACACCACAGUCUUUUCAGGGUUCAGCUUCAAUUUAUUGGCCCACACCCAAGCCAUCGCUACUUCCAAGAACAAGUCUAGCACCUCAACUUUACUAUUAUUUUGACCUGUUAGCUGACCAAACCUCUCUUUUUUUAACCCAUCAAAUGCUCCAAAUAAUUCAGUAACAGAGAGGGGAGAUGCCUUCAGCUAUUGGGAAGCACUGCUAGACACACACUUUCCAUUCAUUGAAUAGUCUCCUGGCAUGAUGCCUUUAAAUAUCAGAGCUGUUUUGAUUUAACAGUUGGUUCAUAACACUUUUUUUGCUGUUUGAAUACUUGUACAUAAUUGAUUUACAGUUAUGUGCAAAGCUGAUCAAUAUAUUCAUUAUUUCAGUAUAAAAGCAUGCAUCACUGCAAUUAAGUGUUGGGGGGGGAGUAAAAUGGGGAAACUCCCCCCCCCCUUCCUAGCUUCUGCUUCUAAGAUAAUUAGUUCAUUGUGAUUAUGGAUAAAUAUUUAGAAAUUCUUCCUUUAAAUCCCAGCACAUUAAAGUAUUGGUGCUAUUGCCAGCUACAUUGAAGUGUUUCUGUUGCAUAUUUGCUUUGGCAGAUCCUCCAGUGUUCCAUUAUGGAGAGAGACCAUGAUGGCUUUCAUUUGUUUCCCUUGCUGUCAACUGCAUACAAUAGGCUUUCUUCUCUUGAUUCACCCAGAGUUUGUCUUCACAUGAGAAUAAGGACAAUUGGAACAGCUAUUGGCCCGUUGCCAAUACCCCCUUUUUGGUGGGAGUGCCCACAUAUGGUGGGAGUGCCCCAAAAUCCAACUAUUCUGGACAACAGCCAUACGGGAAAUAUGUAAAAUAACUAAGCAAAUAUUAGAAAUCACCCCAGAAUUGGCCCUACUAAGCAUCUUCCAAGACAAUAAUGUCCAUUUACACCACAAAGAACUCAUAACCCACCUACUUUCAGCAGCCAGAAACACCAUAACCAGACACUGGAGAGACCUGUCAGAAGUAAGCAUGGACCAAUGGUACCAAAUAGUAUGGGAAACAGCCUUACUAGAAAAAUUAACCAAUAAACUGAAACUGACACGGGGACAAAUAGAAGAAGACGCCCUCACCCCUGUAUGGCUCCCCUUUAUCACGUACACAGCCGAACAAGACAAUGACAAAAAACCACCAACAGCAAACAAAUCAGUAUGGCUAACCUGAUCCAAAACACCCACCCACCCCACUCACACAUCAAAACAAAGAUCACUACAGCCAAUCAAAAACAAACAACCACACCUUGGCCAACCCCAACCUCUCUCACCACCAAAGGAACACAAGUGAAUAGCACAGAACCUGCACAAGCGACGCUGACACAAAACCCCACAUAUAUUAAGUACACUAGUCCAACCUCCUGCAAUGCAGGAAUCCCAGCCAUAGCACCCAAGUUGUGUACAGUGGGUUAAGUACUUAAUUCGUUCUGGAGGUCCGUUCUUAACCUGAAACUGUUCUUAACCUGAAGCACCACUUUAGCUAAUGGGGCCUCCUGCUGCUGCUGUGCCACCACCGCCCGAUUUCUGUUCUCAUCCUGAAGCAAAGUUCUUAACCCGAGGUACUAUUUCUGGGUUAGCGGAGUCUGUAACCUGAAGCGUCUGUAACCCGAGGUACCACUGCAGUUCCAUUCAGGGGUAACGGCAGAUCAUGACAUGUGAAUGAGUCUUGUGCUUAUGCAUUCCCAUGGUUUGAUCCUGGUUUGGAGGGACCACACAAACUAGCAGUGGUAGCUACAGAUUAAAUAGAAAACCUGGAGUGUUUCCAGAUGGAAGUUUAUUGAGGAACCAGCACUUCUCAUGCCCUCGAGAUUAUGCACCAGAAAAGGAAAAAUAAAACCCAAGAGUCUAUGUGGCUUAAUUUAUUUUUGAACACACAUAGCCCUGUUUUAACAUAAUAAUACUAGCUACAUUCACAUAUUCAUUGAACGAGCAUUUAAAGAGAGAGACAGUGUUGCGUAGCCCCCACUCAGUGCGCCUUGGACCACUCUCUGUCUCUCACCUAACCUACCUCACAGGGUUGCUGUGAGGAAGAAUCAGGGAGGAGGGGACCCAUGUAUUCCACCUUGAUAAUUCUUUGCAGAAAAGGCAGGAUAUAAAUGUAAUAAUAAAUACAUUUUUAAAAUACUGAACCAUUCUGUUGAGUUCAUUUUUUACAAAAGCUAUGUGCCUAACUUAAACCCCUAUGGAAAGAAUGGUUCUCCUUAACUAUUUUGAGAAACUUUUUAAAUAUGAGAAAUGUGGGGGUGGGGCUAAUGUGUUAAUAAACAACACAUUUCAAAGGCCCUCUCCACCCAGGGAAUUAUUAAUUAUUUCCCCCCAAAAAGCAUGUUUAUAACACAUUCUGCUGCACAGUCUCUCGUGGGCUGGAUGGAGCCUUGUUGCUUUGUUUUACAGAGUUAAUUCAAUGCUUUGAAAUCGCUCUGGGGGUAAAUAAGAUAUUCAUGGGGCAGGGGGAUAUACACAAGGCAGCCUUUCUCGUUUUUAAGAGCACAAGCACCCAACUGAAUUCCAUAUUUAUGUCCUAAUGGUACAGCGUACAACAUGUGGCUCUCUACAGAGAUCUCACACUUUUAGACACAUUUUUCAAAAGGUCAGUUGCUUGCCUGAGAACCCAUAUUGAGAGGCUAAUUACACCAGGACUUCAAGGAGGCUCAGCUUGCAAUGCUGUGUGUGCUCUGUAGGAAAGGGUAACUGAGGGAGGGAGUCCCCCCCCCCGCAAAAAAAGAAUAAGGCUUAUAUCGCCUUUGAGCUCCUGUGACCCAAAUUGAAGCAACUAUUAUGAAUUAUGCAUCAACAAAAAAAGACUCUUGUCUUAAGAUUUAUUGCAUCUUAGUGACAGUCCACAUGGAAAUAACUUUAAGAAGAAAUAGGAGGGAAUGACUGGUAGGACAAAAACAGAAAAUAGGUGAAGUCAAAUAUUUGCUUUAGGUCCAACAGGACCACCCUUAAGAAGAGCUACUAUGAAGUGAUGUCUAAUUGGUAUCUUAUGUCAUAUGGUUUAAAGAAAAUACAUAAUGUUUAAUCAAAACAGCCCAAAGACUGUUUUUAUUCUGGUCCUAAAAUAUAAGCAUUCUAGAGAAAAAGCAUACACACAACCAGUGCUGCUGCUUCAAAAAAAUAUAUGUGCUGGUACUCACCAUGAAGUUGUUAAAGUAACUGCCACACUUUUAACAUGUUUUUUUGGGGGGGGAGGAGGUACCAGUACCAAAAUGUCAUUUAAUGCCAUAAUUGUGGUGAUUCUUUUGCAGUCAUGAUGUUGUUUGAAAUACUGUUGGCUGUUGUCUUGGGAGCAAUCAUUUAUCUGUUUCUGACCAAGAAGAAAGAGGACAAAUUAUCUAUGGGAGAUGGAUGGUGGGGCAAAGGACAGAAGCCUGACUCUGAAGAAGAUGCAGCUAUAUAUCCUUUCAAGGUGGAAACAUCAGACGGCGAGAUAAAUGUAAGAAGACUCUCUUUCUCGCAGAGUUUGCACAAACAGCAGGAAAUUCUAGGGUAGCAGCAUAAUCUCAACCACGGUUUGUUAAAAAUGCUUCAGUAGCAUUCAUAGCAGAGCUUUCCAAAAUGUGUGUCGCGACAUGUUAGUGUGUCGGCUGCAGUGUGUAGGUGUGUCACGCAAAUGCUUCCCGCACUCCUUCCGGGGCUGAAAAACUUAAUUACUGUGUCGCGAAAUGAUUCAUGUCUAAAAAGUGUGUCAAUAACAUGAAAAGUUUGGAAAGCUCUCACUUAUAGCCAAGUAAAUGUGCUCGGUUAAAAUUGCAACAUAAAUCUGAGUUCCUUUAGGUUUACAUUUUUAACCAGCUCUACUACCCCCUUAAUUUUAACUUGGAUAAUUUAAAUGUAUAAAAUGUGCUUAAAGCAUUCAACUGAGUCGCAUCAGUUUCAGUUGAUUUUUAAAUCAAGCCAAGAACUAUAGAUAUAUAGAAAAUAUGAUACGUGCUGAAAUGUAGGCUUGCUGCGCAAAUACUAACAGCAGUUAUUUUCUCUCCAGCAGUAAUUUUUACAAGCAGUUUUGUUCAGAGGUCACGGCUGUAUCAUAUUAAUCUGGAUAUGACCCUACUGUUGCCUGUGCUAUUAACAGAGAACAAUACAAUAACGUGUUGUAGCUGUCUGUUUGCAUUAAUCAACCCAACCUGGGCUAUUUUCUGUAUCACACAUCACUGAUAAUAGCUUUAAAACAAUGAAAUUCAGAAGGGUACAAUGCACACAGAGCGGAAUCUAAUUUUAGCUGUCUUUAACAUCUGCUGCUGUGUUGGCCCUGUCCUCAGUUCUCAGGGGAGAGAGCCUUUGAUUUUUAAAGUCCAGCUUCAUCCUAAUGGCUGUGACUUUCUCUUGUUUGUUUCAGGCAAAUGGAACCAGCUGGUUCUAAGAGCACUGCUGCGUGAUCGGUCAAAUCGUGCCCCAAAUUUCUUUCUCUUUCUCUCUCUUUGUGCCAUACUUGCACAAACCCACAUAAAGCUACUAUAUAGCCUAUCAGGAGAGUGGGAAAUGCAUUGCCUCCAAUGAAUGGGGGGAAGAAAGGUUAGAUAAAAGGGUUCACACAAUAGGGCAACAUGAGUGUUGGUGGGAAGUUAAUGUUUGUGACUUCCCCUCUUUUAGCAGAAGAGUAUUCCUGUGUUGCAAACAGCGCAGCGAGAGUGUACAGCCUCUCUCUCUAUCUUUCUCUCUUUAAAUGUCAUGUGAAAUAACCAGUUGAGGUUCAUGACACCUACAUUCUGUGGAGCAUUCACAAAAGAACUUAAUGUAUUGUCAGAAGAGUUGUUUUUGCAGUGGAAGUAGUAUGAAAGUGCAGUAUUCUCAAUAGAAGCGCAACCUGAAUUGCACAUGUGGGUGGUGCAGAACAAGUGUGAAAUGGAUGUCCAUCCCACACCACAGAAAUAUUGCAUAGAAAGGUCACGUAUAGGUUUCACACAAAUCUGUAUUACACCAAGUCAAAACUACCAGAAAGACACCAGUCACAGCAAGAAAAAGGAGGAAAACAUUAUUUUAAGGGUGCUUGGAAUAGUAGCUCUGUGGGGGUGAACUGCAUUUCCCAGAAUUCUUUGGGGAAAGCCAUGUGCUUUAAAUAUGUGGCAUGGAUGUGAUUUGAGAAAAAAAAGUAUUUUAACUUUUGCAUAUAACUCUCAUGUGAGUUUUCAGUUCUUCCUCUUUUCAUUUCCUCAUUCUUCUUUUUCCCUCCCACACAUUUGUGGUGUUCUAGUACUUACAUAGAAGACUUGAUGAGGUGAGGUUUGCCGAGCCAUUAGAGGAUAGUCGCUUUCGAUAUGGGUUUAAUUCAAAUUAUCUUAGGAAGGUUGUCGCUUAUUGGAGGAAUCAGUUCAACUGGAAGAAGCAAGUGGAAGUUCUCAACAAAUUCCCGCAGUUCAAAACAAAGAUUGAAGGUUUGUAGCCAAUAGUGCUCUGAUCAGUCUUUGAUCUUGCCUUGUGUUGCAUGGGUUUUCAGCAUGAAAUCAGUUUGCUUGUCCAUGAGUUUGUUAAAGUAAGAUUGCUUUGACUGUAUUGUUUUCUUAUUCUGUACUUUUUAUAUAUUAACAACAAUAUGGUAAAUAAAAUUUAAAGUCAUGUGACUUUAAAUUUUAUUUACUAUAUUGUUGUAACCCACCCUGGGAUCUUAUGGUGAAGGGCAGGGAAGAAAUCCUAUAAUUAAAUAAAUAAAAUUAGACUUCCCAAUUUGGCUUUGAGGUCUUUGAAUUCUAGGAUCCACAGAGAAGAACAUUUGUUUUUCAGUGCUAGCACCUUUCAAGUCUGAAAUUCAGAUCGGUCUUCUCUAGAGAGAAGAACUUCAGUCUUCCCUACACCAAAAGUACAGCAACAUCAGAGUGGAAGCAGUGCAGAGUUGCAGCACUGGACACCUUCAACCUGCUGCUGUGAUUGUAGAUAUCCGAUCCAUUCACAACUUGAGCUGCUGAACAUAGGGGAGUCUCUUUUUGCAGCAGCCUCUUGUAUUAUGCCUGAUCCAGCAGUGGCCAGUUGUAUGCUCCAAGUCAUAAUGUGACAGAGGUAGAAUCAUAGAAUCAUAGAAUCAUAGAGUUGGAAGAGACCACAAGGGCCAUCGAGUCCAACCCCCUGCCAAGCAGGAAACACCAUCAGAGCACUCCUGACAUAUGGUUGUCAAGCCUCUGCUUAAAGACCUCCAAAGAAGGAGACUCCACCACACUCCUUGGCAGCAAAUUCCACUGUCGAACAGCUCUUACUGUCAGGAAGUUCUUCCUAAUGUUUAGGUGGAAUCUUAUUUCUUGUAGUUUGGAUCCAUUGCUCCGUGUCCUCUUCUCUCUGGUAAUCUUGGAUAGAUUUAUGCCAGGAGUUGGCAACCAUUUGGGGCCCAUAGGCACACUAGCAAACUAGAGAAACUGUCAUGGAUACCAGCCCUCCCUCCCCCACCACAACCAAGCACACAUCACAACCUUUUUUAUUAGCUACAGUCAAAUGGGAACCUGUGGGCAUCUGUAUGCUUGCAGCUGCCUUGUUAGCAAUCCCUGACUUAGGCUACGUGUGGGGUGUUGUUUUUUAAAGUGAAGCUAGUGAUGCCUACUACUACAUCUACUUCCAGCUUGUCAAUUUGGCAUCUAGCAGCUGAGUCAAAGAGCUCAUAACUAUUUUUUGACGCUAGGUUCCUCGUUAUGCUAGGAAGCAGCGCACACAAGAUACUGGGUUAUAAAACCAAAGUCUCUUUUAUUGACAUGUGAUUCAGUGAUCAGAUGAGGAAAUUGGCAUAUGUGUUGGUCCCUGGAAUUUCAAAGGACCAACUCGGUGAGCACACUUAAGACUGGCUUCCUACUAAACAGAAAAUCACAAGGCAGCAAACCAUCACUCUCCAGAGCACCCUCACUGUAGCAAAUCUCAUUCUCAAUACCACUUAAUGAUGUUAUGCUAGUGACUAAUGCUACAUCUAGUAUAUAUUUAUGCCCACCUAAUCUGUUUUAAUAAAUAUUCUAAAGUUUUUAUGUUUAUGUAUAUUUUCCAUAGGAAUUGAUGUCCAUUUUCUUCAUGUAAAACCUUCCCAUGUGCCUGAAGGCCAGUCUGCAAAGCCAUUAUUAAUGGUUCACGGCUGGCCUGGCUCAGUCUAUGAAUUUUACAAAAUAAUCCCCCUCCUGAUGGAUCCAGGGAGCCAUGGCUUGAGUGGCGAGCAUGUUUUCGAAAUAAUCUGCCCUUCCAUCCCUGGCUACGGCUUCUCCGAGGCACCUCACAAGCAAGGUACGUUGCAUUAUUUUGAAGGAUCUGGAAGUGGUACGUGUACAGCGCUUAUCUUUGUUGUUAAUUCAUAGGAACAGAGGAAGCUGCUUUGCACUGAGUCAGACCAUCUAGCUCAGGAUUGAUUGUGGCAGGGAUUGCCAACAUUUUGGGGCACAUUUGUUAACAGUAGGAACUGCUGUGCUUAAAACAGACACACUCACAUACACACUCACACACUGCAACCAAGUGCACAACAUAGUAUAUCCUGUUGUCUAUGACAGAAUGCUUCUUUCAAUCCUAGCUUCAUCAGGGGCAGGGAAGGGAUUUCAUAAUUACCUUAGGUGGCAGGGCAGACCUCUCUCUCUAGGAUCAAGGGUGCCAAUGAGCACCAUGCUGGUGUCCACUGGUCUAUACUGGCUGGCAGUGGCUCCCCAGGAUUUCACAUAGGAAUUUCUCCCAGCUCUACCUGCACACACUGGGAGUUGAAUGCCUUCUGCAUUCAAAGCUGGUGCUCUGCAGUGGAACCAUAGCCAUUCCCAAGAUUAUUUUGACCUCCACUCUGUACCUGUGCUGUCUCAAAUAGAGCAGUAGAUGACUGUUUAUGCAAAGAUACCUGAAACACUCAAAUGUACUUGCUAGGGACAGGGAGUUACAAAUACUAAAGCUGUACAUAUAAGGUAGCUUUAUUUGUGCUUUGGCACCCUAGCCCCAUCCAGGCAUUCAGUCUAGAUGUGUAGCUGGGCAGUGCAUGCUGGUCCCACAAUGCCCUGCCCUCCUCCUGCUUCCCUUUUCUUGUUCAGUGCAAACAUUCAGAAAGGGGCCUCUCACUGCAUUCAACUGAAGGUGAUCAGAAGCCUCUGCACAACUGGGACCCUUGUUUUAGCAUUGCUCAGCAUGCUGCAGUCUGAGAGGAGCCCCCAUGUACAGGAGUGGGGUGGGGACAUUGCAGGGAGAGGCUUCUGUGCACAAGUUGUGAUUCAUCUCCCCUUUGUAUCCUGCUGUUUUUCCAGGCUCAGGGCAGUAAGGCUGCUUUUUUUGUCCUCAUCAUAGUUCUGUGACAAAGGUUAGACUGAGAGUGCGGGUGUCACAGUGAUUUUCCUGGAGAGGGUCUCACAUUUGGUCCUUGGCAUCUCCGCUUAAAGGGGGAAUAACACAGGAGUAGGGAAAGAACUCUGACAGAGGACCAAACUGCACACUUCACUCCAGAAACUCAUCAUAAGUUGUGCAAACUGAGUGUAAAGGCUAUUGGCUUUUCUGGCAAGGUGUGGAUCAGAAGGUUGUGUUGUCUCUGCUCUUUUACUUGAUGUAGUAAAUAAAUGCUCAGUGUGACUGGGGAGAAAAUUCCUGUGGCAGCCUGAAAUCUAGCUAGAAAUUAGUAUUGCACAGAUUGUGUUUGCACUUGGGAUGGGGCGGAAAGCAGUCCUACUUGAUAACUUUCCUCCCCUCUCUAUAGGCUUUGAUUCUGUGUGUGCUGCCCGUGUCUUCUAUAAGCUGAUGCUCAGGCUGGGCUUCCAGGAAUUCUAUACCCAAGGAGGGGAUUGGGGCUCAUUGAUCAGUACCAAUCUGGCUCAGAUAGCUCCAAGGUGAGUGUUCAUCUUCUUGACAGGUGAAAUGCAAAACAGAUUUAUUAUUUAAGCAGCAUAUUGGCUACUUAUGAAAAUGAGGCAUCUCCAUCCUGAUUUAGAUUGAAUCAUUUGGGAUAUGAUGUUCCCCCAUCAGCCACUUACCCCAGGGGCAGAGGAAGCCCUGUGACUCGAGCACCCUGCCAGCUAGACUGUAGGAACCAAACAUGCUGGAAUUGCACAACUACUUUCCUAAACUUAGAGUCCUGAGUGUGUCCUGAGACUCCCAAGAUUCUGGCUUCCUGAUGGGAGCUGCUUGUUUCUUCUCCAGUGGGCUUGGCCUAUAUGUUUGUUCAAAACGGCAACAGGGGGCCAUCUGAACUCCAGGUAAGUCAUAAAUCUAUGGAGUUAAAAAGAAAUAUUUUUGUGGAUGACUUAUCUAACUUUUGUAUAUUAUUUUAGCCACGUGAAAGGUGUUCACUUAAACAUGGCAACAGUGACUACCCUGCAUUUCAAGCAACUCCUUUCAAUUACCUUGGGACGGUAUUUCCCAGGACUCUUUGGUUUUGAGGAUGUGGAUGUCCAGCGGAUGUUUCCUUUUAAGACAAAAGUGCUCUACAGGAUCCUAGGGGAAGGUGGCUACUUUCACCUACAUUCUACGAAGCCUGACACUGCUGGUAAAAGCCUUUUUUUAAAAAAGAAACACACAACUUGCUUGUCCUUCCAAGUAGUCAAUUUAUCUUUGAUCAGCUAAUAAAUUUUUGUGUUCAGAGUUGUACUGUUCCAUGCUACCCACUUUCCCAAGUGGUGAGAAGUUCCAAAAGCAGCACUGCCAGGGUCAGGCUUGCUUUUGGAGGCUUAACAGUGCUUUUGUAAUGUUUUAUUUAUUCAUUUACAAAUAUCCCACACUUUGAUCUCCUCUGGCUCUUAGUUGAGCUGUUCUGGAGGACUAGUUAGCUUUCACUGAACCAUUGGCACAUUUUACUCAAUUUAAAUGUUGCCUCUUUAUACAUGGAGCUUUUGGAUGAGCUGACAAUGCCUGGGGGAAAACAGUCAAAUUUGAUUAAUGGGUUUUCACCUAGAUACGCAAGUGAAUUAGCUUGACUGUAUUGUUGUGAUUAGGUCUCCAGACUUCUAAGUGCCUCUGUUUAAAAUUAUCUUUUUUAUAACCUGAUUGGAAAAAUGAAUUAAGAAAAAAUGGAUCAUGCGUUCAGGUAUAUGCAGAUUAAAUUAUAGGGCUGAGUGACAAUAGCACUACACUGAAAUAAUUUCCCUAAUUGGCAUAGUGUAUUACUGCAUUGCUGCAGAAAUGGCAUAUACUGAUCUAGUUCAAGAGGACUCAAAAACAUGAUUGAAUCUAGUCUGUACAUAUGUUGUUUGUUUCUAUAUAUAGCAAAGGUGGAGAACCCCAGACCCACGGGUCUUUUGCAAGCACCAGGCCUCUCUCUCUGGUCCUAAGGACUCUCCCAGGCCAAACCCCGAGGUCACACCCCCUUCCCCUCCUUGCUUCUUAUCUUUCUUGAUCAUUUUUGCCUGGCUCAAAUGUGUCCUGCAACUCCUGAUAAUGACUCUUGCUUGCCUGAGUGAAGGAUAGACUGGAGUGAGUGAGGGAGCACACCUUGAUUAAAAGCUGAUAAUGUCAACAGGGGCCAGAUUAAGCUUGCGGUUGGUUUCUCUCCCACUACCGCCACCACCAAGUCUAGUGAAUGCGUCCAACAGUGCUGCCUACUUUUAAUGUUAUGGUUAAGAGUAUAGGCGGAAGGCAUCGAUGGCAUGGUAAUAAGAGGCUCUACAGAGAGCUUCGUAAAGGACUCCAUGUUAUGCUGUGGCAAAAGAUUGCCAUAUGAUGUCAGUGUAGAUAUGUUCUGAACCACCUUGUGAUCUUUGUAUGAAGGGUGGUACACAAAUUUACUAAAUAAUAAAAUAGUAAUAAUAUUAACUGGUGACAACAGGGAUGACACACACUGGUGUCUUGAUACAGUAGGUGCAAUGAAGGUGUUUAAAGACUCAGACUGCCCAAAGUGUCUACGGUAAAUGUGCCCAAAAUGGCACCAUCCGAAAAGAAGAGAGAUUUAUUUAUUUGUUGGGGAACUCCACAGUAGACUUUACAUUUGGAUUUAAAGGGUCCUAUCAAAGCUAGUUUUAAACAAGCUGAUGCAGGAAACACCCACGUGGCCUUUAUCAGCAACAGUUUUGAAAGUGCUGUUGGUUUCUACGGGAUAUUAGGGCUUGCAUAUCUGAUUCUCUUCACAAAUGAUGUCUGCGUUUGCCCUGGUCACACCACUGACUGUAUUGGAAAGCUGUGUCGGGUCGAGCAUUUUAGCAGGAUUCUUUCAUGGGUAAUCCACAGCAGGACAAAUCAGAGCUAGCAUGGUGGGAUAAUGGUCAGGCGCCACUGUGCUGCUCUCCCACCUGUGGAAGCAGUUCUGCCUUUCAGGGAAGCAGAGCUGCUGACAGCUGCUAUCACCAAUGAGAGAGGCAGGCAACGUAAGGAAAGAUUCUGGCUUUGCCUGGCCUCCAUAGGAACAUAGGCACCUGCCUUACCCUGCAUCAUGUCACUGGUCCAUCUGGCUCAGAAGUGUCUACACUGACUGGCAGUGGCUCUCCAGGAUUUCAGACGGAUGUCUGUCCCAGUCCAACCUCAAAAUGGCUGGGGAUUGACCCUUAGACUUCCUGCAUUCAUAGCACAUGCUCUACCACUAAGGCCCAGUCCUUCUCUGUUACCAAAGCUUUAUCCUACUGCUGGUUUAAGCUUCAGUUUCCCCUUAUAACUUAAAAAACAAAAUCCUCAAAGCUGUUUCAGCGUGUUUGUUUAUUCUGUAAGGCUGUUAAUACUGUUGGUACAUAAUUCAUCCUACAGAUCAACUUGCCAAGUGUCUCUUUAUUUAGUGUCUUGUCAAUCAGCAGCUGCUUCAGACAGCUGGAGUCUUGUGUUUAUUUGGGGCCGGGGGGGGGGGGAGAGAGAAGUUAGCUGAAAAUAUGUUGGAUGAAAGCGAACCCUCGGUUUUCAUUCUUGUUUAGGCUGUGGCUUGAAUGACUCUCCGGUGGGCUUGGCUGCAUACAUCUUGGAGAAGUUUUCUACAUGGACCAAUCAUGCCUUUCGAGAUCUAGAAGAUGGAGGACUAGAAAAGUGGGUGUCAUUUCUCCCUGCCCCUCUCUCUACGUUUACAGAUGCCUAUUUACCUUUGAUGCUUGUAUACCUAUCUGCACUAUUCUCAGAUUAGCGUCACAAUCGCCUCUUGUGUUGGAUGCUUAGCUGACAUUCUUCUUGGUCUUCUUUCCAACCAGAGGGCUGAAUCAUCAUGGGAGUAGAGAGGUAUAAACAUCUUCCCCUGUAGCCCCCAUACUCCCCCGUCUAUCUACAUUCUUCUUAUGUUUGGACUGUCCACUCUUUUCCUUCCUCCCACCUCCUCCGUGAGAUCCUCCGCUUCAUAUACAGCAGCACUGUGAACCUGGAAGCAACACUUCUCCCUGUUCUGCUGCCCCAUCCUGUCCCGGUCCAGCCGUGUUUGCUUUCAGUCGCGUUGGCAGACUCAGAGAACCAAAUGCAACACAACUUUCCACAGUCUAUUCAUUUUAAGUGUUUAUGUUGUGCCUUUGUAGUGCACGUUGAGAGCGGCUUAAUGCCAGCGCAACUUGGUUUGCAGUCUGACUGAGCAGGGAGGCGCUGGACUGCAGUGUUGCUGAAUUUAAGAAAUCAAAUGCUGCAGAUCAUUUUGGAGUUAGCUUGUAGCCCGGUUCUUCACCUGCUUUGAAGGUUUGAAACGCAGCUCAGUCAGAAAACUCAAAAGAAGAGCACAUGUUCUUGCAUGUCCUUGCUGACAUCUAGUGUCACCAUGCAUGUAUGAGUAUUGUGCAAACGCACCCCUUUGGACAGGAGAAACAUUUGUGAAGGUGGCAGCCUUCUUUGCAAGGAUAACACCAGCUUGCUCCACAAUCUAACUUGGGGUUGUUUUGUGGUGGAGUCCUGCAGGUUAAAAAUGGCUUAGACCCCUUUCUGAGAGGAAAGAAGCCUUAACUUAGUCUUUAUAACAAAGUCUUAUGGCCAGCAAAUUAGCUGCUCUACAGGCUUCUCUUAUGCCACCGUCAGCUUCACAUCUCCUGACUGCCAGGACAGCUGAACAUCUUGAGGCCCUAGCAGUGAAUUAUCUAAAUUGGACAUAAUCCUCUGGGAACUUCCCUUACAAUAAGUUCUGUUGAAAGGGAGUAGAUCUGUGUGCUUUAACUCAUUUAUAAUAGGGUUUUAGCAAAAUAGCUGAGCUGCCUUCUUUUUUAAGCAAUUCUAUAAAUGGGUAUAUUAUAUAAAUGGGAAGUGCUUGAGGGGUUUGCUGUCCAUAUUCUGUCCCUGUUCCCACAGAGUCAACAAAGAAAGGGCUUGAUUUACUAGAUUAUCAUUAUGUUGCCUCCUUAAAAAAAAAAGCAACAAGGAAAAAUAGAGUCAGGAUAAAUGGAAGAAUGUAUUCCAACAAUAUCCCAGAGACUCAAGCUAAAUUUAGGAAAUAGCUGGAGAUAACAUUUCUGAACCAAAUGUUGAUGUGUUGACAGAGAUCUUACAUCAGCAUUUCCCAACCAUGCUGGCUAAGACUGAUGGGAGUUGUAGUCUUGGGAGUUGUAACCUGCACAGAGCACUUGAGAGGGGAAAGGACGCGAAAUCUAAAGAAUAAUAAUGACCUUAAUAUUUAAUGGCUCCUGAUUUUGGUAACAAUGUGCCAGCUUAGGCUAAGGAUGAAAGAAGGCUGCAGAUGUUGAUGAUGGAACAUAGUUGACAAGUUCUGAUGUGGCUGUUUCUGGAUUGUAUUUUUCAGGAAGUUCACACUGGAUGAUCUUCUCACAAACAUCAUGAUCUACUGGGUAUCUGGGUGCAUAGUGUCCUCAAUGCGUUUUUACAAAGAGAAUAUUGGGAAAGGAAUUGGCACCCAGAAGCAUGAGAAGUAAGAGAUUCCUUUGCCUAUUUUAGAGAGCUCUUUUCAUACCACACACACACAUUUAGCUGCCCUGUGUCCUUUUACAGUUUUUCAUAUUUACUCAGAUAUGCCAAGUUUAGACAGAAAGUGAACACAAAGGUAUUCCUGGUGACUUGUGAAAUCCACAUCCAGACAUUUCAGUGUCAGCAAUAAUAAUAUACAAAUGUCCUAAAUGCAUUUGCAGACUCAUGUGGAUUUGCAGCAGGGCCAAGGAGGUUCAUGAAGCUAUGUCCUUGUACUUUUCUCAGGCAAGCUCAGUCAUUUCACUUGCAUAGGGAGCUCAGCGUGCGGUUGCACGUGGCAGCAGAGCGAAACCAGUGCUUCUGCUGCCACGCCCUGUGCCAGGCUCCCUGUGCCUCUCCUUCUGGGCAAGCGGCAGCAAUCUGCUUUGUUGGGAAUUUAGGAAGGCAACAGAGGCCCACCGGCAAAUGUGAUGGGGAUGCUUAGGGCAGAGAAAUAUAAUUUGUGGGUCCUCUCCAGACCUUCACCUCCCCGUUUCCCAUCCCUGAGUUAGUUCCAACUUCAUGACUGAGUUCUGUCCUUGCCUUUUACAUAUGCUUCUGGAGCAAGGUCUGCUAGCGCAGGAGCUUAAGAUAUAUGCUAGUACAAGGCAUUUCACAAAGCCUCAGAAUGGGUGCUAAGCCUAUGUUGCACAAAGUCUUCCACUGACUCAGGCUCAACAGCAUCUCCGCCAGAGUUUCUUCUACUGCCAUAUUUCUGGAGCGAAAGCGCAGCUUGCCCUGCCACAGCAUGUCUACCUGGGUACAGAACCUGUUGACCUGGGUGCAGAACCUGUUGAGCUCAGUGGAGCUUACUUCUGAGUAGACAUGCAUUAAAUUGUGCCCUCGACCUUCCUUUUCCCUAUUUUGCCUGUGGUUUGGAGUCCUGUUUGAAGAAGUCCCUUCAUUGUGAGGAUCAGAGUGACAUGUUUUCCCUCUUGGUUCUCUUGCAGGCUCUCUGUGCAAGUCCCUACAGGGAUUGCUUCAUUUCCACAUGAGGUCCUGCAUAUGCCCCAGUCAUGGCUUCAACAGAAGUAUGCGAACAUUGUUUCCUUCAGCUACAUGGCCAGAGGUGGACAUUUUGCGGCUUUUGAGGAACCAGAGCUCCUUGCAGCAGAUAUUUUGCAGUUUGUGGGGAAAGUAGAAAAGGGCAACUUUGCCAAGAAGUUGGGUUGUGGGCUGUUGUAAUCACCCUUGUAGGGAAUCCUCCCCCCACACUUAAGAAGUAAUUGAGAUUAAAAAUGAUAAAAAUGCUUUGCAUUUAGGGUAGCUUUUGCUGAAGUCCCUGGGGUGUUUUUCUUCUUUUUUUGUAGCACUGAUUCUCUUCCCAUUUGGCUAGAUAAAAAUUGAAUUGAGGCACAUUCAAGCUGACCUUGUGAUGAGUUUAUAUAGUGUAGUGCCCAGAAGAGUGAACAGUGAAUUAGGAUGACUUUCAUUCUAAUGAUUACUAUUGCUAUAUCACCAUUCAUGCACAUGGCAGUUUCUAUAAUCUUUGAGAAUUCCUGGAGAACAAGUGAGGUCCUUGCAAACUGGAGAUGGGCAGAUGUUGUCUCCAGCUUCAAAAAUGGGAAAAAAGAAGAACCAGGUAACUCCCAAUCAGUCAACUUGACAUCGAUACCAGGAAAGGUCCUAGAACAUUCAGUCUGUGCCCACUUAGAAAAGGAUUCUGUGAGUACUAAGACCCCGCAUAGGUUUCUCAAAAGCAAGUAAUUCCAGACGAAUAUCAUAUCUUAUAUAUAGAGAGAGAGAGAGUGUGUGUGUUACAAGCUUGGUGGGUCAAAUGAAUGUUGUGGAUGUGUAUCUUGAUUUCAGUGAGGCUUUUGACAGAGUCCCCCAUUAUGUCAUUGCAGAGAAGCUGGUAAACUGUUGGGUGAAUCUGUCAAUUUCAGGUUCUGUUUUUUUAUCCAGUCUUAAAUUCACUUCCCCAUAUUUCCACACCAUUUUGUAUUUUCUUUUUAAGUCCUCAUAGAAAUGAAUCAGCAUUUUAGCACGAAUUUCUCCUAAUAUACAAGUUUGUAAGCUAUUUUGCCCCAUGUACACAUUUUUGCAGAGCAGUAUGCCCAAAUUUUCUCUAAUUGUAUGUAUGUAAUUUUCACUAAUAUAUGCCUUUUUAUGUGCAUUUUAUCCCAGGGCAUGCAUUUUUGUGCACGUUUCUUGACUGGAUAAUUUUGAAUUUCGAAAGGUGGCUGUGUUUCAGUUCAUGUACUAUAUCAGAAAGUGCAAAUGUAAGCAGGUUCACCUUUAAAUGCACACGGGAUCGCAUUUCUCCCCCAGCCCUACAUGUAAGGCCGCUUCCUAUGUCUAGUUUAUAUCUCAAGGCCAGUUCUUCUUCCACCUCAAUGGGGAAGGGCCAUAGCUCAGUGGUUAAGCACUUACUUUGCAUGUUAUGGUCCCAUGCUCAAUUCCCAGCACCUCCAGCUAGGAUUGGGAAUGACCCUUGCCUGAAACCCUGGUAGGAGACAUCCUACCAGGCAUUGUAGAUAGUGCUGAGCUAGAUGGACCAAGUGGUCUGACUUGCUAGGAGGCCACUUCCUAGGUUCCUAACACUUAGCUUAGAAAUUGCCGAAGCAACCGGCUCUGGUGGCCACAGGCUGCUCUGCCUGCAUUAUUUAUCUGCACCUUUUUGUUCCUUUCCUUGGCUUUCUGAGUGACGUUCAUUUGUCCUCCCGUGUCUUCAUCCCCCACGUGUGGUCUCCUAUUUCAGGGCAUGAAGUCACCCGCCAGAACGCUCCUUUUGCACACCAGCAUCUGUUACAACGAGGGAACAUAGCUGUACAGUAAUUUAAAUUAAUGUUCCCCGGUAGACUGAUCUGUCACGAUACAGACGAAAUAAGUGGGAAGGAAGUUCACUAAGUGAUGUUUGCCAGACCCUGUUUUCCACUCUUAAGUGCAGAAAUAUUUUGCGUCUUGCCUCCUGCAGCAGCCCCAUUUCAGGGGCCCGGCCCAGGGAAAGGGGAUUGCGGGAAAGCUACUGCACACACCACUGUGCUCUUGUGCUAACCAUCUUUGAUAGGGAGGGAGGGAGUCUUGGGAGGCGAGAAUAAAUACUACCAAGAAAGCUGCCUUUGCAUACAAAGACUUCAGAUGCCUUGGCAGCUGCUAUGCUGUGUAACUGGAGACAACUAAAGCACACACACAGAGCAACCGCCACAUGGGAAGUAGAUGUCAUAAUGGUAUUAUUCAUGUUCUGCCCUACAGGCAGGCCAAGAAGUUCCUUACCUAGAAUUUAUCUCUUUCAGGCCAUUUCAGAAGCCUUGUGCACUUGUCACAGUUCAAGAGACCGAAUCACAGACUUACAGAGUUGGAAGGGACCACGUGGGUCAUCUGGUCCAACCCCAUGCAAUUUAGGAAUCUUUCACCCAAUGUGGGGCUCUAACCCAUGACCCUGAGAUUAAGAGUCUCGUGCCCUUACCACCUGAGCUAUCCCAGACUAAACAGCCCAACCUAAAUAUGAGAAUUUGGGAAAUACGUUGUAAGAUGCCACGUUUUUCUCAGGGUUUCGAGGAGCUGGAAUUUAUUUCCAAUUCCAAAAUGGCCCUGUGCAAAUGUUGAUGGUAAAUAUUCUCCAGGUGCGUUGCUACUCCACACUUCCAUUUGACAUCCAAAGGUUUGGCAGUAGGGACCAGCACUUGAGCUGCUGACAAAUGGAGAGGAGUAACAGCAUUUGAUAGAUGCCUUGCAAUAUUUUAUGUUUAUUUGCUUAUUUACUGCUGGAGCAGUGGCAGACUUCGGGCUUUAAAAUUUCAGGGGUGCCCCAUGCAAUGCCAGAAUUCAGCACCCUCCCCACCUCUCGCCUUCAGUUGUUCAUCAUGGUUGCAGGGCCCUCUUGACUCAGCACCAAGGAGUCUGGAAGGAGGAGAUAAUGAAAAGGUCUUUAUUUCUAUCUUUCGGACCUGCCAUUGUUAGUCUUCAGCUGCUCAUGUUGACUACGCACCGGCCUGUAGUAAUGAAUCCCAGAUGGGCAGGAGAGAUGGGGACUGACCCAGCGGAAUUUAGUUUCACACUUCUGGGAGCAGGGGAAGCCUCUGGAGGCAAGAGACCUGCUGUGAUUGUCUGACUCAUCAUUUCUGAGUAGGGGGUGGGAGGUUGGAGCUGACCAGGUAGGUCCUGGGCAUGGUGAACAAUUCAUUGUGUGGUGCUGCUGCUACUGAGAAAGCUGGCUCUGGACCCAAUGGAUUGUAACCACAAAUACCCGCCUUUUAGGGGAUGAUGACUUAGCAGGUCAUGGCAGAACUGCAGGCAUUUCUGGAUGAAAAAUUAUCUGGAUCCAUUCCAGUCUGGGUUCAGGACCCAGCUUCUUACCCUGAUGGAUUACACUUAUAGAAAGGAGGAUCUGGGGAAUGCAACCCCGUUCCUUCUGCUUGGUAUCUCAGUGGCUUUCGACACUCUUAGCCAUGCUCACGCACAGGUUAGUGCAAGGUCAAAAUAAAUCUUUAUUGUUUUC